AGUUAUGUAACUACCAUCAUCAGAUGACGAAAAAGACUUCUGUCUCCUCGACAUAGAAGGAGUAAGUGAGUGAAUAACACCCACCUCUGCCAUAGAAUUUUUAAAGUGCCUUUGAGACUGUGUUGGCACAGGCAACUUGCAGAUCUUCAAUAAGUGCGGUUGCUUUCUGUGUCUACACCCAUAUGUGGAUUCUACUAACCUGAGCACUAAAGAACCUAUUCCUUUACUUCUACAUAUAGAGGGAACUGCUUGCCACAGGUAAGAGACUCACUCACUUCCAUCUGCUACAAGAUAUUGGACUAUAUAGGAGGUCUGGAUCCUAUGUGACUUUAAUAAAUGCCUGCAUCAGUGUCCCCUUAUUGUUAAUCUUUGGACAGCACAAAUAAAGUGAUAACAUAAUUGCACCUGCCUGAUCCUGAAUAAAACAGCUGUUGAGCGGUGAAUUCUGGCAACCUUAAACAAAUAUUGUGUGUCACAGCAGAUACAGAUCCAAAUAUUUUUUUAGUACAAAUUCUUGGCAGACUCAUUUAUGCUGUUUGAAUUCAAUCCAAAAUAAUAUGUGGGAAUCCUUAAAGGGAUAGUUCCCAUAUUUAUCUAUAGACAGUAUAUUACAUACAGUAGAUGUCAGUCAGCAUGUCUCCAGUUUGGAGAAGCAGGCUGGAGUCUGACAUGCAGGGCAGUAGUCACCAUAUACACUGAGGGGGACACGCCCCCCCAGUGUUCAGAUAUACCCAAAAUGUCCCCCCAAUAUAUAACUGAAACGGAAAAACAACAACAACAACAAAAAAAAGUUGUUUUUUUUCACUGCUGUUCUAUGAUAGGCAACCACAUACCCCCAUCCAAAAUAAUGUAAUCAUAAUAAUUAUAACUAAACAUAACAAAUCCCUGUUAUUAUUACUAUCGGUUCAAGUAUUGCAGUUCUGCGUGUGGUUUGUCCAAGUGGAGUUGCCGUAGCAGAAUGCCAAGGCUGGUUGCCAUGGUUGCCAUCAACUUUGUUGCCAGACUGCUGUAAGGUAGAAAGUGGUUUCUGGCACAACUUCACUUAUUCACAAGGAGCAUAGAGAGUGAGGAAACACUGGAAAAUGUCAAAAGUGCUCCAGCAACACUUGUGGUAUGGAAAAAAAACUUUAUUGACCGACGCGUUUCGGCUUGUGGCCUUCAUCAGGGUCAUCAAGAAACAUAUUGCACACGUCAUUUAAAUAGGUUCAUUUGAAACUGAAAGAGUAGGAAAAAAAUGCAUGCAUGUGACCAGUCCUUUGCAUCCACAUAUAUAUAUCUCAGCCAAUGAAUCACCAGAAAAGGUGAGUGUGUUGGAAGCACAUGAGACCUUUGGACCAACCAGAACUGCCAGAGAAGUAAGGGGAGUAUCUAGCAGAGGUAUAGAAAACACCAUGUUUGGUCGUGAACUAGAGAGCAGUAGCAUGAGGGGAUUUAAAGUGCUUUACAGAAAAAAUUACAAAAAGGUAAAAAAUAAAAUAAAAUAAAUAAAUAAAUAAAUAAAUAAAUAAUAAUAAUAAUAAUAAUAAUAAUAGAAAUUAAAAAUAAAAUAUAAAAAAUAAAAAAAGGGCCAGCAAAGACAGCAAAAAAUAAUAAAAUAUUUAAAGGUAAAAAGAUAGUAUCAUAGUAAGCAUUGUAAAGACUGGUCCAGAGAUUUUAUAAAUACACUAGAUAAAACACACAUAAAACACUAAUUGAAAAAUCCUCAUUCAUACCCUGUGGGGAGAGACUUUUCAGAUUAAAAAAUCCAAAAUGCUUCUUUCCUUUUUCUCAUGAAGUUGACAUUACCCCCCUCUUUGAUUUGGUUUAAUAACUUCAAUGCCUAAGAAAAACAGAGAAGAGAGAGGAUGAUUCAUUUCAUUAGGUGAAUGUGUACAUAUUUUACUUUAGAAUUUCAAUGGCAGGAAGUAAGGGUGUGUGUGUUUGGGGGUUGGGGGGGAGGGGCCGUGCUGACAUGGAACGGUAAGCAAUCUACUGCUGUGGAGGGGUCAGCAACAAAACAUACUUUAGCCACCUAAAAAAAUCAACAUCAGUUGAAGGGUGCACUAUAAUUAAGAGUAUGCUUCACCUUAAUGUCAGACAGUGAUUUUCAAUGGGAAAAUAAAGAUGUUCAGUUGUUCUCUUCAAAGCCGGACUCCAUUGAGAAAACAGUAAUUUCUGGUUGCUGAACACAGGAGCUGCUGGCCACUUGGUGGUGGUUGUGACCACCACCAAGUGACACUUCUGAGGAGUUUCUGCCAAAACAUGUCAAGGUAUGUAACAUCCUAACAUGUCUGAGAUAAAAGAACAACUAAAGUCAUUAUCAGAAACUAAAGACAUAAUGAACACCAUUGAACUGGUUUUGAGCCCCCUGAGACCAAACGGCCGUGUUAAGGGGUGAUAGAAAAUAAAAGGUAGCAGGUAACAUCAUGAGGGCUGGACCUGGCUCCUCUUUAAAUAUAGCCUUUGAGUGGACUGAGUGCCUGGCAUUUCAGAGCAAAACUGGACUUACCUGUCCUCUAGAAAUGGUGACACGUCAUGUAUUGAAGACAAGUUUAUUCUUGUUAACUACAGAAUUCAGACACAAAGGAGUUUAGGUGUGGAGCACAGUCAUGCGGUUUCCAGAAGACAUCUCUUGAAGGAUUUAAAAAUACCUGAAACACUAUUAAAACAAUACAUAGCCAAUAAGACAGCACAUACACACAUACAGGUAUGUGUCAGAUGAAUACAUUUAUUUCAAACGUAUCAGAGGCUUUAUAGCUAUUAAAUAACACUAUUCAAAGCAACACUACAGCUAGACUUGCUGCUCCACAUUAAGUGUUGCACGUCUACUCGUAAAGUUACGGUAUUUAUUUAAGUGCUGCGCUUUUGAAAUCGCCAUCAACUUAUUUAACACACACAUACACACAUUACGGUACUGAUCCAGUGUUUACCUUUCAGCUACGUGUCUGUCCCAUUUUGUGCCCGCACAGCUUUGCCUGUUUACACCACCCCUCACCAAAAUAUCCCCGAUGUCUCGAGCCAUAUUACAUCGAACAUAGGGAAUGUUAAAUAAUCAGAUGACCUUCUUAAUGACAGUGGAUUUAGUCUGGUUUGUAGGAGUGUGGGUUUCAUAAGAGACUGAGACUCUUGUCGGCUCUCCUGAAGAACACACUGGAUACUGUGGUGCUGGUACACAAUGCUCUCGUUUCCAAGUCUGUGACGUCUGAACGCAACAGAUCAUAUGCAAAGGCCAAAUCUGGUUUUUGAAACAAUGAGGGCCCCCUAUUCCCUUCUCGUCUCGGCGGUGAUCGUCAUAUGUUACUGUAUGACGGGGCCGCGCAAUUGUGCGACCUCCCAGAAGAAGACUUCCUGUGAAGUGCAAAAUGGCCAAGCUGACUGCAGCCACCUCAGCCUUAGUGCGGUCCCUCAAGACCUGCCCAGGAACAUCACCAGCCUGGAUAUGUCUCACAACAGACUGACAAAGUUUCCCCCUGGAUCACUAACCCCAUACCCAGGCCUGCUCCACCUCAACAUCAGUCACAACAGUAUCACCAAGCUGGACCAGGGUGUGUGCCAGACACUGCCUCUGCUGAAGACCCUGAACAUGGGACACAAUCAAGUGUAUGUGCUGAAGAAGGAGGAACUGAGCCACUGCACUAAUCUAACAUGGCUGAUUAUGGCUAGCAAUAAACUAAAGCUACAAGGAGAGCCAUUCUCUGCACUACAGAGCCUGAGAGUUCUUGAUGUUUCCUUGAACAAACUAAAGUCAGCCAAGCUUGGCUCUCAGCCUCAGCUGCCCAACCUCGUGAGCCUCAAUCUGUCACGCAAUGACUUCACCACUCUAGAGACAGAUGACUUUUUGUUUCUUAACCAUUCAUCCUCCCUACAAGUCCUCAACAUGUCGCAUGUGUCUCUAAAAACGCUGGAGCCUGGUUGCUUUCAGCCCAUUUCAGGCCUACGUACUUUAGUCAUGGAUGGAAGCAAUAUGGGCCCACAGGUCAUUUCUAAGCUCUGCUCAGAGCUGUCACAGACAGCCAUUGAUGCUCUUUUUCUCCGGAAGAUGAAGCUGGUCACCCUCACAAACACAACCUUUACAGGACUGCAGAAAACAAAUCUAACCUUUCUGGAGCUGUCCGGUAAUGGCAUGGUCAGAAUUGAAGAAGACUCAUUUCGGUGGCUGUCCAGACUUCAGACUCUUAUUUUGGUAGACAACAACAUCAAGCACCUGACCAAGCACACAUUUCAGGGACUCAAAAGCUUGGAAAAACUCCAACUGACUAAUGCUCUAGCGAGCAGUCAUCCCAUCCCGAUUAUCGAUGACUUCUCCUUCCAACCCUUAAGUGCCCUGGAGAGUUUGAUUUUACAGAGAACUGCAGUUCGUAACAUCACAGAGCACACAUUCACAGGCUUGACAAGUCUGAAAGAACUCGAUAUGAGCUGGAGUAGUUAUACAUCACUCAGAAACAUCUCCAACAAGACGUUCAUCUCACUGGCGGGGUCGCCUCUCAGAAAGUUAAAUCUCACCGGAACAGCUAUAGCACAGAUUGAUCCUCGAAGCUUCUCCGUUUUGAGAAACCUCACCACACUUCUGCUAGAUUACAACUUUAUCAAGCAGAAUCUCACUGGCGAAGAGUUCGAAGGCCUGGACCAAGUUGAACAGAUUUACAUGUCCAAUAACCACCAGAAAGUCAAUCUGAGCUCUGACUCGUUUGUUAAUGUGCCCAAUUUGAGGGUCCUGACUCUUGGAAGGAGCCUUAUAGCAGAAGCCAUUAACUGUGAUUCCUCUCCAUUCCGUCACCUUCCAAACCUCACCUACCUGGAUCUCAGUAACAACAACAUCGCUAACAUCAGAGAGAAUACAUUUGAGGGGCUUGUGAACCUGAAGGUACUGAAGCUCCAACACAAUAACUUAGCUCGUUUGUGGAAGAGCGCCAACCUAGGUGGGCCAGUGUUGUUCCUCAAAAACACACCGAGGUUGUUAAUCUUAGAUUUGGAUAGUAACGGGCUGGAUGAGAUCCCAGCAGAGGCUCUGAGAGGGUUGAGUGACCUCCAUAACCUGAGCCUGGCAUCCAACCUCCUUAAUAGUCUUCAGGAGUUCAUUUUCGAUGAUCUGAAGUCACUGCGGAUUUUAAAUUUACAGAAGAAUUUGAUCACAGCUGUGAGGCCCCAAGUGUUCAAAACUCCUCUGAGCAACCUCAGCCUGCUUGUCAUGGACAAAAAUCCAUUUGACUGCACGUGUGAGAGCAUGUUGUGGUUCGUGACAUGGUUGAAUAACACAAAUAUGACCACAGUGCCUGGCCUCAGGGACCAGUAUACAUGCAACACUCCACUGGCUUACUACAACCACCCCAUCAUGAAGUUUGAUGCCCUCUCUUGCAAAGAUAUGACCCCAUUUCAGGCUCUAUACAUACUGAGCAGCACUGCUGUCAUCAUGCUGAUGGUCACUUCGCUUAUGGUGCGCUUCCACGGCUGGAGGAUCCAGUUUUAUUGGAACAUACUGAUCAAUCGCACAUUAGGAUUCAGCGACGCCACAGUUGAAGAGGGCAGGGAGUUCGAGUACGAUGCUUACGUCAUACAUGCAGAGGAAGACAGCAGCUGGGUGGAGAGAAGGAUGGUGCCCUUAGAGAACAACAACUGCAGGUUUUGUUUGGAGGAUCGCGAUUCGGUCCCUGGCAUGUCCCAGCUUGAAUCCAUUGUGGAUAAUAUGAGAAGGUCCAGAAAAAUCUUGUUUGUGGUCACUGAAACUCUUCUCAAAGAUCCCUGGUGUAGACGAUUUAAAGCCCAUCAUGCACUUCACCAGGUCAUUGAAGCCAGCAGGGACUCUGUGGUUCUGGUUUUCCUGCAGGAUGUACAUGACUACAAGUUAUCUCACUCACUCUUCCUCCGCCGGGGCAUGUUGCGUCCAUGCUGCGUCCUGGACUGGCCUGUGGAGAGGGAGAGGGUGCCAGCCUUUCACCAGAAGCUCCUCAUAGCACUUGGCAUGACUAAUCGUUUAAAGGAGUGACUGCAUUCCAUUGGUAGGAAUGGGAAAAUCCCUUGGUAACAAUAAUAAUAAUAAUAAUAAUAAUAAGCAAUGUAUGUUCCGUUCAUUGGGUCUCUGUGUAAAUAUUGUGCUCAAAGGGAUAUUUUGCCGAUUUUCAACCAGCUUUGUAUCAUAACAAUUAGAGUAGUAUGUGUGAAUGAACUGUGGUAAACUCCCCUCCAUCUAAUCAGUGCCUAGAUCUCCCUGCUCAUCUCCCAACUCAGAUCUGCACUGGCUCCAGGGCUGUUGCUCCAACUACAGAUUGUACUUCUGCAUUUUCAUUUGCACCACAGACACAAAGAGUAUAGACGCAGAGUAAGAGAGAAAACCACCCCUCUCUCUAACUCUCUCUCUAAAGCCCAGUUCAGACCAUGGAUUUGCGACUAGACAAAACCGUUUCAGAUCGUUGCAGCGGUGUGAACUGGCCGAUCUGAGCUUGACUCAAACUGGCUGAUGGUGUCAAACUGCAGGCAGCUGGUUUUAGAACGGUUUUAGAAAGCACGUCACCUGUUUCUACAGCGAAUCAGCUUGUAGGGAAGUCCCCUGGUGAAGUCUGCGGCCUCGCUUGCUCCCGCAGGUGCUUUGUUCCCGCCGAGCCCUCUGUUUCCAUCCUCACGUGUCCUGGUGUCAGACGGUAGGCCACUGCUGCUGCUCGCUGUAUGUGCUUAUGCUUAUGCUUAUGCUUAUCCUCACACACACACAUUCUCAUUGACUGAUUAAUUGAUGCUGCUUACUCAUACUGUUGUGGCAUAUUUAUUAUUGAAUACAGUCCAUCUGAUGCUCGUUUUGUUUGUUUUUUGUCAUUUCAUCACAACUACAAAUGCAAGAGUGGCCAGUAUCUCAAUAUCACUAUCUCCAUUCAUAUUUUAAGAAGCUACAAAUUGUAUUCAGCCACAAAAUAAGCCUGAAAAGCUGGAAAUCAGAAUGGGAGUACAGAGAGUUGUUGCAUAGAGAUGAUACUCCAUCUCAUCUAGUUGCAUUGGUGUGGACCAGCAGGUUUUUAGAACGUUGCAGUGUGGUGCAUUGCAUGUAGUUGUACAUUUCAACUUGUCUCGUUGUAGAUCUUUUGUCUGGACUGGGCUUUAUGCAGACCAAACUCAGAUCAAAAAGUAAAACUAGGCAGUGUUGAUCAAAUUAAAAAAAACCAAACAAGAUUCUGUUACUGUAUUGUCCUUUUCUCACCUGGAAACAUAUUCAGAAACAUAUUUUGGUGCGCUUUUUGACUCUAAUAUGGGAAUUUGUGAACAGGACGAUGGGGCUGUACUGUUUCCUGUUGUAAAAAGAGAGGCUGAACAGUAAAACUAAUCACUGCUGAUCAGAAAUGAACCAAGACUCUGUCACUGCAUUGCCUCUUUCUUACCUAAGAUGUUAACAGAAACAUAUUUUAACUCACUGUUUAACUGUAAUUCAAGGUCGUUUGUUACCUGCUGGCUGCAAUAUUGUUUCCUGUGGAAAAACAGCCAGCUGACCUUACAUCACCCACCAGUGGGAGCAUUUAUUGGUCCGGUGCAGUGCAGUGCAUUCUGGUACUUUCAGGUUUUCUACCUCUGGAGCAAAAAAAUGAAUACCACUGCCUCUGUUUUCUCUGUUCACGUAGCACCAAUAUCAGAAGGAUUUGCAUCUUUCUGAUGCAUAGACAGCCCAGUUUUAUGUUCUUCUUCAUGUUCUUCAAGUAUUUCAACUUGAAUAUUACACGGUUUAUUAUGACUCAGCAAAUGUAGGCCUGCACGCUGAUUCUGUGAUGGUAAUGAGGGAAUGGUACACAUUUAAUGACAUGAUCUUUGUUGAUGUUCUCUGAUGUGUUACACAAACAGUCAUUUACUGCAUAUGCAAUGUACAGUGUAAAAAAUCUAGAAUUUAAAAUGAAGUAUUUCAAGUGCAGUUUUAAUGAUGUCAUUUCUUAAUAAAGUUGUUUGCUAUAGUUUCUGGCUUAUAAAAUAUUGUAAAUGAACCCAAUUAAAUUAUAUAUAUCAGUCUUGUAAUGUGAUGGUAAAGCAUGACUUAAACAUAUAAGUUAGCUGAUGCAGUUAUUUGUCUAUUUUUACACAGUAAUAUUAGCAUUGCAGUGAUCACUUUUGGGGAAGAAAUGCUUAUUUUUCUUCAAGAGCAAAGAAUGAGUCUCAAAAUCUGACCAAAUAUUGUGUUGUCAUAACAUCUAGUGGUCAGAGUGAGAAACUACACCAUCACUGGCUAUGCAGAGUAGACUGUGUUAAUACUGAAUGUCUUACUGCUAAUGACUGACAUACACAGCUGAUGCACAGAUGUGUUCAAUACAUAUUACACAAUCCACAGUUAUUAAGAAGAAACUUGUAUUAAGUAAUGAAGUACACAUACACAGACAUUGCAAUAAAAUUAAUUUACCAUUCCUGUCCCCACUACUCAUAUCUUAUUUAAUUAUUAACAUUACAUUAUCUUACAGUUUCUCAUAUCCCUGUGUUUAAAAUUUGAAUUCAGCACACAUCACAACAGAGUGGCCCCACACAAAUGUAACAUAAAGUAUCUGUACUUUACUCUUUAAAGGGGAAAAAAUGUCCAUUUUGAAAAAUCAAACUUGUUAGUCCUAUGGUCUUAGACAGUCUAAAACAUUUAAGUAAACAUGAACAAGUCUCACAAAUCCAAAAGCUAAAAUGCUAAAACUCAAAUUUGUCAUCAAGUGUAAAAUCUGGAGCUGCUCCCUGAACAAUGAAUUGGGAAAGAUGUUCUUGAUGACGCUGAGAGCACCCAGAGGAACAUUCUCUGUUUCACAGCUGAGAACACUGCAACACAGCAAAGCUCUUUUGGAUAUGAAAAAGACAAAAAAACAUUCUGUGUGUCCACAAAAUCAGGCUCCAAUUCAUUGUCAGUGGAGCAGCUGCAGACUAUAUUUGAUGACAUCACAAGUUUGAGACUUUCUUUUCUUGUUUUCGGCUUUAAGAGAGAGUAGCUCAUGUUCCUAACACAAAGGAAUAACACCGGAAUUCUUUGUUUAGGUGGUGUUGUACUGAUCUUACUCCUAUUGUUACUCAAUUAGGCACCGGUUUUGCUUUUGCUACUUGAAAACACCUCCUAUCUUGUAUAUUUGUAUAUUCUGACAGAUAUUUAAUACUCAGUUGUUAUAAAACGUGGCCCAGUGAGUGAACCUGACCCGGGGAACCCACUGGUUGUCUGGUUGUUACUGGUUGUGAGCGUUAAAUUGUGGUUACUGUACUUAGUGUUACUGUAAUUUGAAGCAUUCUGUAGCACAAGAAUUCCUUCAGGAUAAAUAAAGUUCUGUUGAAUUGAA